AGGAGGGGGCCUGUUAAGGGGAAGGGAGCUAGUGUCUGCGCUGCUGUCUUUGAAUCGCAAGUGUCCGGCGGAAUGUGUCUGCGCCGCGCUCCCGCGGCGGGAUCGAGUCCCCGACUGUCGGUCGGUGGGGUCGGUCUGGGAAACUGCGGCCCUGCCCCCGCUCUCCACCCUGAUCCCACUCGGCUCCACCCAGACCCGUACCCCCCCGCCCCCCACCGAUCUUAGACCCACCGCGGGAGCCGGGUCCCUUGGGGGCGGUGAGGAGAGCCCGAAGGAGACCAGGCUGGGCCCCAGUGCCUGCUAAGAACGUGACCUUCGAAGUAGAAAUUGGGAUGGGGGCUUUGAACCAGGUCACCUGGGAAAAGGCAGGGCUGGCGAGGAGGCGUCGAGGGGGAGGCCGGAGUUGGAUGGGGUGAAGACUCCCCGGGGCGGCAUCCAGGGGAGCCGCUGCUGACGAGAGGGCAGAGUCCCCUGGGCGUGGUGGGGAGCGGAUCCUCCCACCCGGCUGGAAACCUCUGCCAGUCGGGUGUGGAGGGGUGCCCUCAGCCCUCAGACAUCCCUGCCCCUGGUUGUGAUGUUUCUCUUCAGCUUUGCCACUUGGACACCCCAACCCCUGAAAGCUCCCCGUAUCCCGUCCUCCUCCAUCUAAAAUGUGGGCUGGUUAUUCCAGGCCUCCCUCUCUAAUCUCUUUCUCCAAUCUCCUCUGGGUUCUAGCUUCCUCCCUCCUGGCCUCUUUAGAGGGAAGGAUGUGACUUGUAUUUCUCCCCAAUCCACGUGUGGGUUUCCCGGGAGGGGUGGGGAUGACUCGGUGUGAAGAGCAGCCUCCCCUGGCUUCCACACCCCAUCACCUGGAGGGGACACCAGGGCACAGAGAAGCACAGCAUGCAGCAGGGGCUCUUCUACCUUCUGUAUGGGCUGCUUCAGCCGCUCAGUGUCUGGCCUGGUCAUCGGGCUGCAGGACGGCCCUGGGAGCAGAACACAUCACUGUGUGCCAGGAUGGGGCACAGGCACGUCGGUCUGUCCUUGUAAGACCUGCAGUGCGAGUGUGUGUUAGGUGCCAGAGGGAGAGUGUCCAGGUGUGCAUGUGUGACAGGCUGGGAACAGCUGGGUGUCCACGGCCUGACCCCGGACCUUUCCGAGGACCCCCUCCGAGAGCUCCCUGAGGAAUUCACUGCGCCUUCUCCUGGCCCAGGACCAAGGGUCGGCCUGGAAGAAUGCCUGGCAGGGCUCUGGUUCCCGGCAGCCCCCCCAACCCUGCCCACCACAGGUGGGGUGACUGUGUGGGAUGCCUGGAGGCACGUCAGGAUUAGGGGUUGGAGGGUUACAGGAUCUGAGGCUCAGGCCACAUUCCAGCCUGGGUGUCCUCGCAGCUGGUAACCGGUAACCAGGAUGUAACCAGGAUUCCCCUGGGGAGCGAGCUGCUGCCCAACCCUCUUCCAACCGGAUGGUCUGCUCAGAUUAUCCCAUCCGGUUGCCCUGCCCCAAGGGCUGGGGGAGCUGGCUGCAGGCCCCUCUGCCCCCUGCCCCCCACACUUUCUAGCCCAGGCACUCCUCCCUGAGGCUGGCUCUCCUUCCCCUAUCUGGGCUUCCUGGUUCUGGAUCCCAGGGACCCUAGGAGAGCAGAUGGACCCCGCCAGCCACAAAUGAUCACCCUCAGUAAGAAGUCAGACUGCACAGAGGGAAGGGCGCAUGCCACCCCCCUGUCCGCAAACAGUCCAAUCGCCCUGGAAACCCCAUUCCUUCUGCUCACUGACCCUCGUUUCUGGAGUGCUUGGCAGGAGAAGCAGGAAAGGGACAGGGGAGAGGAUCGUACACUCAGGAUUUGAGGGCUGGAAGGCCGUGGCCCUGUGGCUCUUAACACUACUGUGGGGUCACGGCCCCCCUUGAGAAUCUAAUAAAAGUUAUGGAACUGUCAUCAGAAAAACAUGCACACACACAAUUUCAAAGUAUUCGUGGAGCCCCUGUCCCACCUGUGAUUCCCCGGGAGGCCCCUGAGCUUUUUACUGGUAAGGAAAUUGAGUCCCAGAAAGAGAGUGUGGCUUGCCCCUGUCCACGUUAAUUGGUGGUAGGGCUUGAGAGUGUACUAUCAGGGACACACGGACCCCCCAUCACACACACACACACACACACUCACACUCACUCACUCACACACACAGGAAGGGGAUUGUUUCCAGGGAGAGCUGGCCUCAGCUGGCCUCUGAGGGGAUUGCGCCAUGUGCAGGCAGGUCCAAUCUGGUUCUGGGCAGCUGGGCGUGGGGCUGAGAUAACACCUCCCCAGUGCCACGGGCCUCACGCUCGCUGUCUCAGGCCGCCUUGGACACACUGACCCCAGGCUGCAGUAGCAGCAGUGUGGGGCUGGGGAGGCCAGCCCCAGCCUCUGCUCACCUGCCACAGCAUUGGCUCCUCAAAGCCUCACAGCCCCCAAAGGUGACUUGGGGGUCGCCAUGCUGCUCCCUGCCCUCCUCUGUGGGACGGCAUGGGCACUGGCUAACGGGCGGUGGUGUGAGUGGACAGAGACCAUCCUGGUGGAGGAGGAAGUAACCCCCCGUCAGGAGGACCUGGUGCCCUGCACCAGGCUCCAUCAUUACCAGCACCGGGGCUGGCGGCUGGACUUGACCUGGAGUGGCCGUGCGGGGCUCUGCCCCAUCUACAAGCCCCCGGAAACCAGGCCUGCUGCACGGAACCUGACGGUGAGGGCUUGCUGCCCAGGCUGGGGGCGGGGUGGGGGGGAGGUGGGGAGCACCCACUGCACCCUGGCCCUUGCUGAAGCCAGCCUUGAGGGCCACUGCUUUGCCACAUGGCUGUGCCAGCCCAGGGCAGGCUCAGCUAACGCUUCUGUGGGCCUGGAGGAGUGCUGAGCCUGGCCUUGGGGACACAGCUGGCGGGACGGCCACUCCCAGCCCUGCCACAGCUGCUCCAGCCACAAACUCCCUGGUGGGUCCACAGACCCCAGCCUGCGGGAAAGGCACAGCCCCGGCCGUCACCUGCUCCCCGUGCCCCUUGCUGAGUACCACGAGGCCUUCCUCUUUGCCUACCGUGCUGGGGCCCCAGCGGGCAGUGGGCGGGAGGAGCGGCUGGAGGCCGCGUGCCCCACCUUGGCCAGCUACGCCCAGGAUCGUGCGGCGCGACGCAUCCACGUGCGCUGGAGGAAGCCCGGCUUCUGCGAGCGCCUGUGCCUAGGGGGCCGGCUGUGCUCGGACUGCGCCUCGGCCUGCCCGCCCAGCUGCUCGGCAGUGGGCGAGGGGGGCGAGGGGUCCUGCGGGGAAGAGUGCGUGAGCGGCUGCGAGUGCCCGCCCGGCCUCUUCUGGGACCGCGCCCUCUGUGUGCCUGCCGCCCGCUGGCCCUGCUACCACCGACGCCGGCGCUACGACCCCGGUGACACCGUGCGCCAGCUAUGCAGCCCGCGCGUUGGCCAGGACGGCCGCUGGCUCUGCGCGCAGGCGCCGUGCCCCGCCGAGGGCGCGGUGGGGGACGGGCAUUACCUCACCUUCGAUGGGCGGAGCUUCUCCUUCCGCGGCCGCGCAGGUCGCCGCUUCAGCCUGGUGCAGGACUUCGUAAAGAGGCCGCUACUGACUGUACUGGAGCACGGGGACUGCAAUGCUGGGAGCUGCCUCUACGCCAUCUCAGUCUCCCUGGGGGACACCCACGUCCAGCUCAGGGACUCAGGAGCAGUACUGGUGGACGGGCAGGAUGUGGUCUUGCCCUGGAGCGGCCCUGGGGUCCUCAGUGUCUCCCGGGCCUCUUCCACUUUCCUGCUGCUGCGCUGGCCUGGGGCCUGCGUCCUCUGGGGAGCGUCUGACCCUGCAGCCUACAUCACCCUGGACGCCCGCCAUGCCCUCCAGGUGGCCUGGAACCAGCAGGAUGACUUCCUGACUCCUGCUGGCAACAUGGAGACCAGCAUUGCCGCCUUUGCUAGCAAGUUCCAAGUGGCAGGCGAGGGAAGGUGCCCCUCGGAGGACAGCGCCCCACUUUCCCGCUGCAGCACCCACACUCAGCGUCACAUUUUCGUGGAGGCAGCCUGUGCCAUCUUGCAUGGCCCAGUCUUCCAGGAGUGCUACGGGCUGGUGGACAGGGCACGGUUCCACCUGCGCUGCUUGGCACCUGUGUGUGGCUGCACCCACGGCGGGGACUGCCUGUGCCCCGUGCUCACUGCCUAUGCUCGGCACUGUGCCCAGGAGGGUGCCCUGCUUUCCUGGAGAGACCAGACCCUCUGCUCUGUCCUGUGUCCUGGUGGCCAGGAGUACCAGGAGUGUGCCCCAGUGUGCGGUCGGAACUGUGGGGAGACUGAAGGCUGUGGGGAGCUGGGCAGCUGUGUGGCCGGUUGUAAUUGCCCCCUGGGGCUGCUUUGGGACCCUGAGGGCCAGUGUGUGCCCCCCGGCUCAUGCCCCUGCCAGCUUGGGGCCCAUCGCUAUGCCCCUGGCAGUGCUACCCUGAAGGACUGCAACCACUGCGUCUGCCAGGAGAGGGGCCUGUGGAAUUGCACUGCUCAACGCUGCGCCCCACCAUGGGCAUUCUGCCCCCGUGGGCUCGUCUAUGUCCCUGGUGCCUCCCUCCUCACCUGUGACAGCCCCAGUGCCAAUGGCUCCUGCCCCGCAGGCAGCAUGGGGGGCUGUGUCUGUCCCCCAGGAACCGUGUUGCUGGAUGAGGACUGCGUACCUCCCGAGCUCUGUCCCUGCCGUCACGGUGGGCAGUGGUACCCGCCCAAUGCUUCAAUCCAGGAGGACUAUAACAUUUGGGUGUGCCAGGGUCGGCAGUGGCGCUGCAUGGGCCAGCAGUGCAAUGGACGGUGCCAGGCAUCAGGUGCCCCCCACUAUGUGAUAUUCGAUGGGCUGGCCCUCACCUUCCCCGGGGCCUGUAUCUGCUGGUGCGGGGCCAGCGGCAUCACCUGCACCAAGGCGCUGACCGUGCGGGUGCAGAGCACCGUUGUGCACAUGCUGAGAGGCCAGGCAGUGACAGUGAAUGGGGUGAGUGUAACGCCCCCCAAGGUCUACACGGGCUCCGGGCUGAGCCUGCACCGUGCUGGCCUCUUCCUGCAGCUCGCCACCUGCCUGGACCUCACCCUGCUCUGGGAUGGGGGCACCCGGGUCCUGGUGCAGCUGUCCCCCGAGUUCCGCGGCCGGGUGGCUGGGCUGUGUGGAGACUUUGAUGGAGACGCCAGUAAUGACCUUCGGAGCCGCCAGGGAGUCCUGCUGGAGCCCACGGCUGAACUGGCUGCCCACUCCUGGUGCCUCAAUCCUCUCUGCCCCGAGCCAGGGGACCUGCGGCACCCCUGCGCCGAGAGGAUGGGCAGGAAAGGGGGAAGCGAGGAGGGGCAGCUGCGGAAACCCGGGGUGGGGGGGUUUGAGAGGCUGGGUGCUGCGGAGGAGUCUGUCUGGUCCACCGCGAUGUGCCCGCAGGUGAACACCCACCGGGCCGGCUGGGCCCGCGCCCACUGCGGGGUGAUGCGGCAGCCGCUCUUUGCCCGCUGCGAUGCGGAGGCCCCAGAGCAGCACUUUGAGUGGUGUGUGCGUGACACCCGCAGACGUGAUUCAGGGGGCGACUGUGAGUGUCUCUGCUCGGCCAUCACCACCUACGCAGACGAGUGUUCCGCACGGCACGGGAUCCACGUGCGCUGGCGCAGCCAGGAGCUCUGCCCUCUGCAGUGUGAAGGGGGCCAGGGGUAUGAGGCCUGUGGCCCCAUGCGUCCCCCCGCAACCUGCCAUGACCACGGUCCUGAGCCUGGGUGGCACUGCCAGGCCGUUGCCCGUGUGGAGGGCUGCUUCUGUCCUGAGGGGACUCUGCUGCACUGAAGAGUCUGCCUCGAGCCGGCUUCCUGCCCCUGCGAGUGGCGAGGCAGCUUCUUCCCCCCGGGCACCGUACUGCAGAAAGACUGUGGCAACUGCACGUGCCAGCAAAGUCAGUGGCUUUCUGGGGAUGACGGUAGCUGCGGGGAGGAGCCGGUGCCUGGCUGUGCGGAGGGAGAGGCCCCAUGCCAGGAGGGCGGGCACUGUGUGCCCCACGGGUGGCUUUGUGACUACCAGGAUGACUGUGGCGAUGGCUCAGAUGAGGAGGGCUGUGACACCCCAGGCCGUGGGGAGGGGCAGAUGUCUUGCAGCUCCGGCCACUGCCUGCCCCUGGCCCUGAUCUGUGAUGGGCAGGACGACUGUGGAGACGGGACAGAUGAGCAGGGCUGCCCGUGCCCCCCAGGACUCCUGGCCUGCGCUGACGGGCGCUGCCUGCCCCCUACCCUGCUCUGCGAUGGGCACCCUGACUGUCCGGACGCUGCUGACGAGGAGUCCUGUUGGGGGCAAGUGAACUGCACCCCUGGGGAGGUGUCCUGCAUCGAUGGUGCCUGCGUGGGGACCAUCCACCUGUGUGAUGGAAUCUGGGACUGCCCAGAUGGAGCCGACGAGGGGCCAGGGCUCUGCCCGCUCCUGUCUCUGCCCACUCCCCCGGCUGGUACCUUGCCUGGCCCCUCCGCUGUCUCCAGGGAGACUGCACCUACUCCCCAAUUCAGCGUCAGCCCCGAGGGGCUGCCAGUCCCAGGAGGCCGCAACAGGACAGGGCUUCCCGGCCCAGAAUACUCCUACCCGGGUGGCCUCUGCCUCGGUUUCCAGCUGGUGUGCGCUGGGCAGCCUGACUGUGAAUUGGCGGGGGAGGCAGGGCCCUCCUGGGAAGAGCAGUGCUGUGAGGCCUGGGGCCCCUGGAGCCCAUGGGCGCCGUGCAGCCAGACAUGCGGGCCCGGGGUGCAGGGCUGCAGCCGCCGCUGCUCCCCGCCCAGUCUCCCGGUGCUGCGGCACUGCCCGGGCCCCGAGCACCAGACUCAGGCCUGCUUCACGGCCGCCUGCCCAGUGGACAGUGAAUGGACCUCCUGGUCUCCCUGGUCCCCAUGCUCUGAGCCAUGCAGGGGCACCAUGGCCCGGCAGCGGCAGUGCCGCCCACCCCGGAACGGGGCUCACACCUGUGCCGUGCUGCCUGGGGCCCCUCCCAGCACCCGCCAGACCAGACCCUGCCCUCAGGACGGCUGCCCCAAUGUCACCUGCUCCGGGGAGCUGGUGUUCCAUCCCUGUGCCCCUUGCCCUUUGACCUGUGAUGACAUCUCUGGUCAGGCCGAGUGCCCCCCUGCGCCCUGCAGCAGCCCAGGCUGCUGGCGCCCCACAGGGCAGGUGCUGGGUGACGAGGGGCGGUGUGUGUGGCCGCGGCAGUGCCCCUGCCUGGUGGACGGCAGCCGCUACUGGCGCGGGCGGCGCGUCGAGGCCGACUGCCGGCUCUGCAUCUGCCGAGAUGGACGGCCCCGGCGCUGCCGGCCCAACCCAGACGGUGCCGCGAACUGUGGCUGGUCAUCCUGGUCUCCCUGGACCGAGUGCCUGGGCCCCUGUGGGAGCCGCAGCAUUCAGUGGUCCUUCCGGAGCGCCAACAAUGCCUGCCUCGCUGGCCGAGGUCGCCAGCGCUGGGGCAUCCACCGCAAGGCCCGCAGCUACUGCACCCACCAGGGGAGGGUCCGCCGAGUCGGGGAUCACUGGCGAGAGGGCCCCUGCAGCUGCCCGUGUCUGCACGGCAGCACGUCAUGCAGCUCCCACUACUGCCCGCUGGGCACCUGCCCCCAGGACUGGGUUCUGGUGGAGGGAUUGGGAGAGUCAUGUUGCCACUGUGUCCUGCCUGGAGACAACCCACGGUCCGCCACAUCCUCCAGCCCCAAGCCCCCGGAUCGGGGCCCCUCUGAUCACCUACGUUCUGCCUCCCCCCAGAGACUUGCCUCUGCAUCCCUGCCUUUCCUGAACCAGCCUUCUGUCCCUGUUGACACCACAAGGUCAACUGUGUGGGCCCUUCAAAUCCCCCAACUCCCCUCGUGCCUUCCUAACUAUGACCCUAGCAGGCUCUUGCCAGCCUCUGCCCUCCCCCAGCUCCAGUCCCUCUCUCAGGCACCCAGAUCCCUGCUAUUCUCCCCUGGGCCUGGCCCAACGCCCCAAGGGGAGCCUGCAUGCUUCGCCCCAGCAGCUGGAGCGCCCCACCUGGGCUGCCAUCCUGAGGCCUCCCACGGAGGCACCUGGGCAGCAGGGCUGGAGCCCCGUAGAGGAAGCUUAUACUCAGUGGCACGCCCAGCCCCCCUACUUGCAGCUGGACCUGCUACGGCCCUGGAACCUCACUGGCAUCGUGCUUAUUUGACUGAUGGGAGGACUGAGGCUCAGCUGGGAGAGGCGAUUUAUGAUGGAACUAGAGCCUGGAGUGGGGGCGUUCUACGUUCUCCUUCCAGUUGCCUCUUUGUCUUUCCUGAGUGGCCAGUGCCUGGUGUGUGUCCCUUGGGCAAGCAGUGGCUGGACAGUGCACAGGGCCCUGCUUCCUGUGCAGAGCUCAGUGCCCCGAGAGGGACUGACCAGCCCUCCCACCCUGGCUGCUGCUGCAGAGCACUGAACUCAGGGCGCGUGGCUCUGCUCUGCCAGCCCCGUGACCAGCACGUGACCCCAGGCCCUGAGGCAGAGGAGGAGCCUUGCCUCCUGCUGGGGUGUGACCGUGUCCCGUGGAGCCCAGAUCCAAUCCCCCGCCACUCCUGUGUGGGCGGCCUCCAGAGCCGGACCCCACCCCGGGGCCUGGGGGAUUACUGCGAGGGGCCUCGGGCCCAGGGCGCCGCCUGCCAGGCUCUGCCAUGCCCAGUGACCAACUGCACCGCCAUCCAAGGGGCCGAGUCCAGCCCCUGUGGCCCUCCCUGUCCUUGCUCCUGUGACAACCUCGUGCACUGGGUUUGGCACUGCCAGCCAGGCGGUUACUGCCCGCCGGGUCAGGGCCUGAGUGCCGACGACGCUGUCUGCGUGCAGCCCAGCCACUGCAGCUGCCUGGGCCUGCUGACCCGGGAGCGGCACCGUCCUGGCGCUCAACUGGCGCCGCCCGAUGGCUGCAACUGCUGCACCUGCUCAGAGGGCAGGCUGACCUGCACAGACCUGCCUUGCCCAGUGCCUGGAGGCUGGUGCCCGUGGUCAGAGAGGACGGCGUGCUCCCAGCCCUGCCAGGGCCAGACGAGGACCCGCUCCAGGGCCUGCACCUGCCCGGUUCCUCAGCAUGGAGGGGUCCCGUGCCCUGGGGAGGUAGGGGAGGCAAGGGCCCAGCAUCAGAGGGAGACCUGCGCCAGCCCCCCUGAGUGCCCAGUGGAUGGAGGCUGGGGCCCAUGGGGACCGUGGUCUCCCUGUGACGUUUGCCUGGGGCAGUCCCAUCAGAGCCGAGCAUGUAGCUGGCCCCCCACUUCUGAGGGAGGCCUGCCCUGCCCUGGGGGCCACAGGCAGAGUCGCCCCUGCCAGGACAGUUCUACUCAAUGCACAGACUGUGCAGGUGGCUAGGGUCUUCUCCCCUGUGGGCGGCCCUGCCCCCACUCCUGCCGGGACCUGUCCCCCAGGGUCGUGUGCCAGCCAGGCUCGACAGGCUGCCAGCCCAGCUGUGGGUGCCUUGGCCAGCUGUCCCAGGACGGCCUUUGUGUGUCCCCAGCUCAGUGCCGCUGCCAGUACCAGCCCGGAGCCAUGGGGAUCCCUGAGAACCAGAGCCGGUCCGCAGGGUCUGGGCUCAGCUCCUGGGAGAGCCUGGAGCCCGGGGAGGUGGCGACUGGACCGUGUGACAACUGCACCUGUGUAGCGGGCAUCCUGCAGUGCUGGGAGGUGCAGGGCUCCUGGGGCCCUUGGGAGGAUGGCAGUGUUUCGUGUAGAGGAGGGGAGCAGCUGUGCUCCCGGCGCUGCGCCCGGCCACCCUGCCCCAGACCCCGCCUGAGCCGCAUCUGCUGCCCCAGGUCUGCAGAGGGGCUGCUGGAGCAGGCUGGAGGCUGCAUUCCCCCAGAGCAGUGUAACUACCAGCACAUCUCAGGAGAAGGAGCUGGGGUGACCCUGGCCCCCGGGGACCAACUGCAGCUGGGCUGCAAAGAGUGUGAGUGCCAGCAUGGGGAGCUGCAGCGCACCAGCCGGGGCUGUCAAGGUCUUCUGCCUCUGAGCCGCUGGUCCGAGUGGUCACCCUGUGGGCCCUGCUCCAGGACUGCCCUAGAGGAGCACUGGCCCGGGGACCCAGCUGGCCUCUCCUCCACCUCGGUCCCCACGCUGGCUUCAGAGCAGCACCGCCGCCGCCUCUGUUUGGACCCCAAGACGGGUCCAGACCUCUGCAUCGUGCCACUCAGCCAGCAGCGUCUCUGCCCAGACCCUGGAGCCUGCCAAGAUUGAUGCCAGUGGAGUCCUUGGGGGGCCUGGAGCCGCUGCCAGGUACCCUGCAGUGGGGGGUUCCAGCUGCGCUGAGGAGGCUGCCAGGGGCCAUGGGCUCAGACUGAGAGCUGCACCAUGGGGCCUUGCCCAGGAGAGAGCUGCGAGGCCCAGGACCCUGUGCCCACCCUGGACCGUGCCGACCACUGCCCAAGAAGCUGUGCCGACCUCUGGGUCCGCGUGCAGUGUCUGCAGGGACGGUGCCGCCCAGGCUGCCGCGGUCCCCCUGGCCAGCUGGUACAGGAUGGGCGCCGUGUGCCCAUGUCUUCUUGCCGCUGCGGCCUCCCCAGCCCCAGUGCUUCAUGGGUGCUGGCUCCGGCCGAGGGGUGGCUGGACUGCAAAAGCUGCACCUGUGUUAACGGGUCCCUGGUGUGCCGCCCCCAUGAGUGUGCAGCCCUCGGGCCUUGGUCAGCCUGGAGCAGCUGCAAGGAAGGUCCUGCGGGGGCACCGUGCCAGGCCCAGGACACGGAGCAACGGCAGGAACGUAACCUGCAGCCCUGCCCCGAGCGCCCACCUGGCCAGAUGCUCAGCCCCUGUGCGACCUCGUGCCCGCGCCUGUGCUCGCAUCUGCAGCCUGGCACCCUCUGCAUGCAGGAAUCCUGCCAGCUUGGCUGUGACUGCCCUGGAGGGCAGCUGCUGCACUACGGCACGGCAUGUGUGUGCGCCCACUCUCUGCCCUGGGGCCUCAGCUUGACUCCUGAAGGGCAGGGCCGGGAACUACCCCCAGGGACUCUGCUCACCCAGAACUGCACCCGCUGUGCCCCCCCCGGAGAAAUGUGGCAGCAGGUGGCCCCCGGGGAGUUGGGGCCCUGUGAGCAGACGUGCCGGGAGCCCAACGCCACGGAGACUCAGGGCAGCUGCAGUGCGGGGCAGGCCCCGGGGGACCCUGUUACUCUACUUAUGUAA